GGGUUGUGGUUAGUUUUUGCUGGUUAUUUAAAUAAUGUUAAAAAAAGCAAGUUAUAAACUUUUAACUGCGGACAACACUAUAUGAUCCAGAGCUUGGUUACUAACAGAGAUAUCUCUGGUUACUGAGAAGACAAAGAAUUUUAAGAAAAUAAUUACGAAUUACUUAAAAAUGGAUGUUGAAGCAUAUAGUUAUUUACUGAGUAGACAGACCUCAUAUAACCAAAAAUUACUUGUAUGUGUGUUUGAUUAACCGACUAAAAUUUAAAGAAAAUGUGUGUGGACCUUGUGUGGACCAAAGAUUUCUAAACUCUGCAACGUUUUGUCGUCUCAAACGAAUCGUACGAUAAGUUCUUGCGUGUGGACAGCCCUUAAGUCCUGACUCCUAACUGGUCCUAGUCUAUCCUAGUCCUAAAGAUUUCUAAAUUCUAACCUAGAAGUUUGUUUAUCUUUUUUUUGAUAUUUAUUUUUCGUUCUUGCUUUGUGGCCAAAAUAGUGUAUUUUCUUAAUUUGAUAUCUUCUAAUGCAUUAUUUAUAGGAUGGACAAAUUCAUAUUAUUUUUAAGAAGAUCUAAAAGCUUAUUGGGUACCAUUUCCGAAAAUACCAAAAUUCAUCUAGUAUUAGGCAACGAAUCUUGUGAUUUAGAUUCAUCCAUAUCCUCUCUACUCUUAGGAUAUUUCCAUUCGAUACAAAAUCCAGAAAAUAUAGUUGUUCCUGUUUUGAACGUGUCCCAAGAGAACUUUUUACUCAGAACAGAGAAUUGUUUUGUUUUCAAAGAGGCAGGUUUGGAUUUAGAACAUUUUGUUUAUCGAGAUCAAAUUGACUUUAAACAGUUAUGUGAGAAAUGUAAAUUAACUGUAUCAUUGGUAGAUCAUCAUAUUUUAACAAAUAACGAUAAAAUACUUGAAAAAUAUGUGACGGAAAUUUUUGACCAUCGACCUGUUGAUUCUUCUCAUGUUUGGGAUACAGACAAAGUUACUGUUAGAAUUGAACCAGUUGGAUCAUGUUCUACUUUAGUCACGGAUGUAAUUCUGAAGAGAAAACCUGAUAUUUUAACUUGUCCAUUGGCAAAUCUGUUAUACCAGACUAUAAUAUAUGAUACAGUAGCUUUGAGGCCAGAACUUGGUAAAGCCAAACCACUAGAUAUUGAAGUAGCAUUAAAUCUAGAAAAAACGUAUAAUUUUCUGGCUAAAAACCGUCAAUCAGUGUGUGAUAGUCUUUGGGCUGUGCAUAAUGAUAUCUCCGCUUUAUCUCCAAAACAAUUACUAUAUAAAGAUAUGAAAGUCAUCGAAUCUUUUUAUAUACCAGGCCUACCAAUAUUAGUUGAAGAUUAUCUGAAAAUUCCAGAGGCUCACAGAGCUAUAGUUGAAUUUGCUGUAGAAAAUAAGACAAAUUGUGUCUUAUUAGUCGGCUUGGAUGUUACUGCUGGAAAAGUAAGAAGAGAUAUUGGCAUAUACUCAACUACAAAGGAAGACAGAUUAAAAGCAGCCCUGUUGAACGUUUUUGAUGACAAUCCUGAUUAUGAUUUUCAAUUUGAGCAUAGAACAACGGCAUUUGAUGACGAUAUGUAUUUACUGCACGUACAUAAUAUUAAAUUGUCUAGAAAACAGUUAGUUCCUGUAGUAAAACAGGCUUGUGCAAAAUAUACAAACCUCUAACAAUACAGUAUUUAGUAAAAACGAUUUCAUUCAAAAUUAUGUUGAGGAUACACCGUUUUUUAGAAUUAUAUGUUACUAUUAGA